AUGCCGCUACUUCCAAUCGACUCCUUCUUGAACGAACCCAUCUUCACCAUCGACGCCUCAACCCUCGCUCCACCAUCACCGAUCUCCCUGCCGCACUCCACCGACCACAACGCUAACCGUCGCCGACCACAACACGCCGACCAGAACGCCGGACUUCAGAUUGCGCUUCCUCUCGGCUGUCGGACCUGAAAAGGCUUGAGUUUGCAGAAAGAUUCAUGGAUAAGGUUUGGAAGAGUUCUUAAGGAGAAAUUUGGGGUUGAGUUGACUCAAAAACAAAUGAAAAUUUCAUAUGACAAUCUGAAAGCCAAAUACACAGGAUGGGUAUAUUUAAAAAACAAAACUGGUAAUAUAUACAAUUCUCAAAGAAACACUUUUAACUUCACAUCCGAGGAGUGGGAUGAUUUUAAGAAGGGGCAUCCGAAGGCUGCUUCAUUGAGAAAAAUUCCAUUACCUUUUCCAGAUCUUUGUGCACGUCUUUUUGAUGGAAAUAGUGCCACUGGUAAUUUUAGGAGUUACUCAACCCAGUCAUCAUCAGUAGCUGGAGCAUCCUCUUGUCGUGUUCCACCACUUCAUAUUACCGCCACCCCUUUUCAUGCAAUAGAUGAUGAGGUGAUGACACUUCCCAUCGUGGGCCACCACCUUUUGCUGCUUCACCUUCAGCUGCUUCACCUUUUGCUGCUUCACCAUAUACUGCUUCACCAUCUGGUAACCCAAACAAAAGGGUUAAACCCUCAACUCCUAUACCUACUAGUGCCUCAUCGUCUGCUUCUUCACCUAAUGGAACUUCUAUUACUACUGACGAUUUAG